ACCACAGACCACACAGCCUUAUAAAACCCACUUCGAACGCGCUUCGUCGUAUUUUAUUCAUCCAAAAAACCAAACUCAAACACGAAGACUCGUAGCAGAGCAGUUACAACCUCUCAAUCUCAUACAAAAUAACCGUUUGGCUUUGUCAGUGGUGCUCCGAAUUCAAUUCGAUUCCAUGGAAGAACCAAUCAAGGAACAACCCUCUGGUGGUGUUUCUGCGGGGAACUCUGGUUCUCUGAGGCCAAAGCUUCAGCGAUACGCACUGCGUUCCUCUAUCAAAUCCAAGGAACAGAAGCAGCCAGAUGCACUCGAUCGCUCCAACUCUUCUGAAUCUAACACUAAGAGAGGGAGAAUCACUCCCAAUGUGAGUAAAAGUGUUGGUGUUCUGGAUUUCUCUGGGAAGGAAAAGUCCAGUAGUGCCAAACCGCCACGAAGGCAGUCUAUUCCUGCGAAAUCAGUGUCAACUCCGGGCCCAAAGGUGGUUGGCAGCGUCACCCCAAUAUCGGAGACGAGAACAAAGACUCAGAGCAGAAGCCAGACACCCUCUUCUGACAUCUCCAAAACAUCAAGCAGAAUCAAAUUCAAUCUUCUGACCUCGGCUUCAUAUUGGUUAAAUCAGAUCAAGCUCUCUGAAAAUGCUGCCAAGCACUCACUCUCCUUUGGAUUCUUCAAACUGGCCUUGGAGGCAGGAUGUGAACCUUUCCAGCGGAUUCAAGAUGAGCUGAAAUCCUAUGUGCAACGAAAUCAACUUGCUGAUCUUGGAGCAGAAGUGAAGGAAUUGUUUGGAAGCUAUAACAUUGCAGAAAAUCUAGAGCAAUUGCAAUUGCAAUCACAAUCACAGGUCUCCGAGUCUGUGCCAGAUGGACCCAGAUCAUCUGAUGAUGAAGUGAUGGCCACUAGAAAACUGAAACCGAAGUGCUUGGACACUGAUUCUGCUCACCUCACUCCUGUUACUGCAACAGAAUCAACCAAGAAGGAAACUAAUCAAAAGGGCACUUCAGGAUCCCGGUUGAGAGAGAGUCUCAGAAUGUACUCUGCAAAUUCAAAGUCUGCUAACAUCGGAAACCGUAGAUCAGUUCAGAAAUCAGAGAAACAAAGUAAGAACCAAGGUAAAAUAGAGAAGGGUGAUGUGAAGAAAGAUGGAAAGAAAUCUGAUGCUGAAGAAGUUCCUUCAGCUACGGAAGAUAAUAUACUUGGAAACAAAGAAAACAUGGAUGUUGGGGCCAAUGAAGGGGUCAGUUUGACAGAAGAAGUCGUGUAACACAGCUUCUGCUGAACUUUGUCAUUCACAAACUUGAAGUCUGUCUGCAGUGUUCUCUUCUAGAGGUUGCUUUUAGUAGGAAGUGCAGAUGAAAUGGAUUUCUGGUGUUUCAAUGGUUGCAUAUUUCUUCUCAUUUUGAUGUUGGCAUACUUUGUGCUUGUCUCCUAUAUAAUAUAGUUCUCAAACCAAGCUGUGUAGUAAUAGUGAUUUCAUUAUAUUUUGUUAAGGCAAAUAGAUUUCAUGAAAUAUUUGUUUUAUAUGCGUGACCAACUAAGUAAAUAUCUCUUUCACUUUCAUUAUU